CCAACCUUAAAACCCGGCCCCAUCCACAUGUGCCUGCCUCACAUUCUCCUGCCCAUCGGACCCCCGGCCCACACCCUCUCCCUAAGAGUCAUCGACACCGCGACAAUUCUGAUAUGUCUGACGGCGCGUCGUAAUAAUGUUCUUCAUCAAUGACAGUCGAGAUAGUUGACAACCACAUCGGACGAUCUUCACCCACACAAAUUGUGUGCCUACAUGCAAGGUGCAUGGACGAGAACGAGGGUUGCUGCCCUCGAGUCAUUGGCAACUAGGCUCGAAGACGCAAAUAUGACGAUAAAUCUUAUUUGAGUUCGUAUGGCUCUUCGUGCAUGGGUUUCACACUGAUUACCGAUUUCAAGAAAAUUGAGCUAUAGCGACCAAAUAUUAUUUAAGACGGAUGUGGUAAUAAUCAGAAAUAAGAAAGAUAAAGCGCACGGGCGUACGCAAGGGAGAAGCGAUGCAACAUUUUUUUCUUAACUUGCUUCUGGUUAAGGUGAGUAAACCCGAGGGACGAAUUUCCCGCGGGCUUAGCAGUGCCAGGGCCCAUGUGCUUACUGCGAGGCCCAAUGGAUUUGUUUAAUGUUGGAAGCCCAAUUAACUCUUUCACCUUGGACAUUCCCCCACCAUUUCUUUCCUCUCAGGCAGGCUCUCACCAUAUUUUCCUGUUUUUAGCGUACGUUUUUUCCCGACAGAAAGGGGACAAACGAUGGCAAUGUCGUCGAACCAUUUUGAGCUCUACAUUCUGGUCGUACGUUGCUAGAUUUUGUCGUCCACCCUCAGACUCUCUACAAACCUUACUUCCCCGAUCUCAAAUCCAAAGAGUUUCACCUCAAUCUCUCCGCCCCGCCCCCUCCUCCUAAACCACGGGUAACGUUUUCUCCCUUCCUUGCUUCGAUUCUUCAUUUCUGCAGAAACUUCCGAUCUGGGUUCGGUUGGUGUUUGUUGUAAUGCAGCUUUAUCUGCCUGCCUUGUUAAUUUUCGUGUUCUUGUUUUCCCCUCUUUGGGUUGGGGAUUCAUACAGGGAGGAAGAGGAGAUAAUGGGCCCGCCGAUUUGAAUCAGAAAAUCCAGAAACCCCUCCCAUUUUCUGCGUUUCUCUUUAGAUGGUAAAUUUCGGGUUGUGUAAAGUUCGGAUCUUUACUGAGUUUCGCUGGGUCUAUUGAAUUUGUAGCUUGAAAAGGGAAUUGGUUGGCAGUUAGGUUGAAUAUUUUCCCCCAAUCUUGUUACAUACACCAAAAUGAAGCAGUUUUGGGACUACCUAGGGUUGGUAGAAUGAACAAGGGAGAUCCGGAUAGUGUAGGCAUGCCGAGGAGCAACAGCAUGCUUGAUUUGGAAAGUGGCGCAGGGAUUUUUACCGACGAUGAUGAAUUCAGGGGCUACGGCGGCAACAAGAGGCAUUCCAAGAAGAAGCUUAAUAGAUUGAGGAGUGGUUCGUUGGGGAACCGGUUAGGGCUUAUAAGUUCGAGCCGUUUAGGGCUUAGUUCGAUUGGGAGUGAUGGUGCGGAUGAGAACAAUGACAAGGAGAAGAGUAGGCUUGGAAUGGGGAAGGGAUCCAAGCGGCCUCCUAAACCGCCUCGACCACCAAGGGGACCAGCACUGGAUGCUGCGGAUAUGAAGUACAUUAGGGAGAUAUCGGAGCUUUCAAAGGUCAAACAUGCGAGGAUUGAGCGUAUGAGGUCGCUCAGGAGCAAGAGGGUGGAUAGCAGAAAUUCUCAGUCCUCUUCGUCGUCGUCGUUGGGUGCUAACAUUCUUGCUAUGGUGGUCACCGUUGUCUUCUUCGUUGUCAUUGUCUUGCAAGGCCUACACUCCAGAUAACUCAUUUCCAGGCCUGUCCAAGCACAUAAAUAUUAUUGAAACUGGCUUAGCUGGAUUUUGCAUGGAUGCAUGUCGCUCAAUCUUCCUCAGCAGCCUCACCAGUGUAUAUGGAGUGAACUUUCAGAGUUUACAGCUGCAGCAUACCGGAGUAGAAAAGGCCGAGUCUUGGACUGCUUUGCCCUCUCGAAGGCAAGAGACAACUUAAGGAGGAAAGGGAGUGCCUCCAAGAAAACUAAUGUUCCCAUUUGUAUAUUGCAUUUUACCAGCUGACUGGGGAAUGUUUUUAACAGUUGACACUUCAUCCAAUAAAUUGGUACUCAGAACUGUACUUUGUGAUCCCGUUUCCAAUAUGCGGAAAGUUCACUUCGUCUUAUAGCCUGACGAUCUGUUAAGAGUUGAUCAAUCUCUUGCCACAGAAUCAGCACUAGAAUACUCCACUUGUUUGGGACAACACAGCUCUGUAGCCUGGAGGAAUAAUACCUGAUGGGCUGACCUGUGACAAAACAAGGCAAACGUCUGCUAUUGAGCAGGAAAGAACUCAUACAUUAAUCCAUGCAUUGUUGAAACAUCCACAUAACAAGCUAUAAAACAGAGGAAAAUGCAGCUCCUGAAGAAAGACCAUCAUAUGAACUACGGAAUGUUAUUGUCAAUAGAUCUUUCUGCCAUGUGCAAUAACACUGUUUUGUCACACUCGGGUUAUGCACACUUCGCUCAAUUGCCAAGUAAUACAAACCAUGAGGUAGGACAAUAACUGAGAAAUUUCGCAGGUUACAUAGAUCAUUAGACUAAGACCUCUCUUCAGUCGCCAACUAAGGAACAAACAAAUGUUGCCAUGCCAGUCCUCGAGCUAUCGUUGCUUCAAAGAUUCAUUUCGCUUUCACAGGUUCUGCUCUGGGUCGCCACAGACCGAGCCUGUACUUUUGGGCGUAGUUCAAUAUCAGCUUCCUCUGCAAAAAAAACAUCGUAACUAAUCAAUAGAUCAUCUGGGAAUAGAGACGCCCAAAUACUUUAGAUAGGACUCCUAUAGUUUUCUGCAAAAGCAGCACCAUAACCUAUCAGUAGCUCAUCUGGGAAUAGAGACCCCCCCAAAUACUCUAGAUAGGACCCUAAAUUCGAAACGAAGAGUCUUAGGCGAAGUCCUUGAAUUCAAGGUCACUCAACACUGCACACAUAAUAACACCCUCAAAACGUAAGCCCAGCUAAUAGCUAAAACAGCUCUAAUCUGAUUUCGUGUUCGUUAAGCAAUGCAAGACAAGUGUGAGAGUUCAACAUAGUGAGUGUGCACUAUUGCUUACUUGUUGACAAGGGAUUCCAAGCUUCUUAAGCUUCAAUGUCCUAGUAACGAGAAGUUUCUGAAAGUCUCCAAUCUCAUUUUCAAGCUUGGUCGCAUGGUUCUCAACGCCUUUCCCUAUUGCAUUCAAGAACUCCGGAAUCCCCACUUUCACUGCAACAUAAAUUAACAACAACAAACCAUCAAUUUCCCCUCUUUGAAACCUAAAACUUGAAAGUAGGCAAAGUUCUCAGCUUUAUCACGAAGCAAGUCAUCAACACAAACCAAUUCAAGCCCGCCAUAUAAGUUUUUCCAUACCAAUUACCAAUGAUCGACAGAUCACCCUGCAAUUAGGAAAACCCAGAAACAAUCUACGCCUUUCAUUCCAGAAAGCAAGAGAAAAUUCGGCUGGGAGAUUCGAUUGGGAAUGCGGGGAAAGAGGGGAAGAAGCAAAAAGAUCAAUUAGAUAUUGGCUUUACCAAGAUAAGGGGAGGACUGGGAGUAGAAUCGGGAGAACCCAGGUGCCGGAUUCGCUUGUAGAGUUCUCGUCUGCAAUAUUGCUCGCAAAAGAGCCAUUUUUCGAACUCUCUUCCGCAAUUCCUCCUUCGGUGAACAAACGAAAAGCAAUGGC